UUCAUAAAUUCUUCUUGACAGCAGCUUCAACCAUCGCCGACAACCAGAGUAAACAUAUUUUUUGCCGAGAAAAAUUCUGUAAUUUUUCAACAAAUUUGCCAGCAGUUCCAAAUUCAAACACGCAAAUGAAGUUGGAUAAAACAUGAGUACUUUUCAUGCAAAAAUAGAAAACAUUUGCAGGCUCUGCUUGUCCGAAGAUGACAACUUGGAAUCUAUUUUUGUUGGUAGCGGGAGUGAACUGCUGCAAAUGAUAAUUUAUGACUGCACAACGGUGAAGGUAUCACCGAAGCACGGGCAUCCAACCUCUAUCUGUAUACAGUGCAAAGCAAAGGUGGAGAACUUUCAUCUGUUUCGCGAACAGUGUAUCCAAAACGACGAAUACCUACGAUCGACCUUCCUCGAACCGGAAAUUGUGAUUAAAACAGAGCCAGACUUUAUCAUCGGCACCGGCGAUGAGGAAGAUGAUGAUGAUGAUGAUAUCGAUGAGGCUGACCUCGAAGAAUGGGAUGAAUCUGAGUCGAACGACGUCCCGGAAGAAAACCAACUAGAUUGUACUCUUAGGCGGGACAGCUCCUUUCAAAGAGAAUUCAAAACAAGCAACGAUUUGGAUUCCAACUAUCAUUCUGCUCUAGUUCCUCUAUUUAAAUGUGAAUUCUGUUCGGCUGAAUUUGUCGUCCUAGAACAGCUUGAAAAGCACAUAACUAGUCACAAGGAAGAAAAGAUUUUUAAAUGUUUCUACUGUCCCAAAACAUUUCACUUUGCUAAGAAUUUAAACAUGCAUGUGGAAUAUAUACAUUCGAAGGUGAAAUAUUCACAAAAACUAGCUAUUAAAAGCACUCACGUUGCACAACAAUAUCGUCUAGUCAAUAACGAGAUAAAUACAACGCCAAGCGCUAACGUUAACAAUAAUAAUACCAUCAAUCGAAACGGAAAACUAGUGGCUGGACAAUCAGCUAAUACGAUGAAUCGUACUCCAGCGACUCGUGUCAAUAGCCACGAAUGUCAUGUAUGCCACAAAUCUUUCAACGAUCUCCGCCAGCACAUGCUUCUUCACGACGGUGAAAAACCGUACAAGUGCGAUAUAUGUUCUAAAUCAUUUUUCAACGCCUCGACAUUGAAAACGCACUAUCGUGUACACAGCGACGAAAACCCGUUUCGAUGUACCACAUGCACUAAGGUUUUCGAUAAUGCACGCAGUUUGGAACUGCACUACCGAACCCACACCGGUGAGCGCCCAUAUACUUGUGACGUCUGCUUGAAGAAAUUUUCGUGUUCGUCUAACUUGAAACGGCAUCGAAAACUGCAUGAUCGAGAUUGAACUGGUAAGUUUUACUAACCGAAGAGCGCGAAGUGCGCUAACAACCAAGAGGUAUUACCAGUUAAUGGUAACGUCCACUGAUACAUAUUGUUAAGGACCAGUGAAAUUGAAUAAUGAAACUGUUAGAUAUUUCAUAUGCGCAUAUAACUAGCCGCCAAAAUUUGUGCAUUUACCUUAUCAAAGAAACGAGCAUUUUAGGAUGUAAAAUUGGUAUGCAUAUUUGUUAAUACGAAAGCUUGCACUGUAGUCAAGUGCGCAAUAGAAGCACAAUUAGCAAACCUUCUAUGCUAAAAUAACUCCAUAAAGUUCUAAUCCUGCUACGACGAGAAGCAUGUAAACUAUCUAAGUCAUUGUAUUUAUUUUCUAAUAACUUAUUAUCUAGUCCGUACUCAAAGAAUUGUAAAUUAUAGAAUAAGUUUUAUUGUACUGUUGAGCUUAUUGUAUAGUAAUUUAGUGAAAACAUUGCAAUAUCAAAACCUUUGAGAAGGAAUAUCACGCGAACAUUGCCCUUAUUAACGGAAAAAUAAACGAUGAAACCGAAUUUCACUAAU